UGUCUCUUUUUCUGACACAUUUUUUAAGCCUGACUGUGUUGUUCUUGUCGCAUUUGGAACGGUUAAAUCUGCAAUGUUACCUAUCAACGGAAUGAUUGGAAAUGUAUUUUCAAAAUUUUCUCAGUGUUAUUUUUAUGUUCGAGCAAAUAAACCUUCGGAAUUCAUCAAUGUACAAACUAGUAAAGAAGCUUUUCCACAAAAAGAGAUAUUAUGUAUGCAUUAA